AUGCCAAGAGUACAAUUAAACUCAUUAACUAAAUACUUUCACCAUUACACUAGAAAAGUAAAUGUAAAUGAUCUAAACUAUAUGAAUCAUCUUGAUCAUGCAUCAGUGUUGAAUAUUAUUCAUGAGGCAAGAGUAGAAACAUUGAAAACAGUUGGAAUAACAGAAAGAAAUCUAAUACCAUCGUUGACAGGUGAUAAGCGAGUCAAUAUGUUUAUAGCAGAUAUCAAUGUUCAAUUUCAAAACCAAGAGCCUCGCAUGUUUGACGAGUUGGUGAUUGAGAGUGGAUUCACAGAGAGAACAAGAACUGGAUUUAGAAUGAACCAUCGUAUUAGACGUCUAGUACCAAUUGGUAGCAACGAUUUUCCACAAAACAUCGAACAAACCGAACCAUUGGAUAAACCAUCGUUCCAUCACAUCAAAGACCAACCAACAGGUACUACAUUUCAACCUUUUGCAUUGGUAGAGGUUGGUGUUGUCGCAGUCGAUACACUUACCAAACAACCAGUUGAAUUACCAAGCUCAUUCUUUGAUCGAUUAGGUUUUGUUCAUACCACCCCUACAUCACCAACUACUGAUCAAACAGUCAACAAAAAUCAUCUAUUAGAUAAACAUAAUUAUCCAUUGAAUUAA